CAAAGAUGUACAUGUAGCACGUGCGCGCAUGCAGUUUCGGGAUGGAGUCACUGCAUUCUCGAAGACUGGAAACGAAGGAGGAGAUUUAGGAGUAGUUGAAGAAGUUGGCUAGUUCAUUGCUGUAGCAUUAUUCACCGAGUCGGUACUCUGUUCACAGCGUCCUGCAAAAGCCUACGGUACCACCCGGUGUUUGAAGCAAAGAAGCAGCAGCAGCAGCAGCACAUUCCCAAUCCAAGAUGCCGACCCCUACAAUUGUAUCUAACCCAGGGUUCAAUGCCGAGGAGGAAUCACAAGCCCUUCGCAAAGCCAUGAAGGGAUUAGGUACGGACGAGAAAGCAAUCAUUGCGUCCGUGUCCCGAAUGGCCAAUGCCCAGCGCCAGGAGGUGAUUGUCGUGUACAAGACGAUGUAUGGACGGGACUUGAUCGAUGAUUUGAAGUCGGAGCUUGGAGGCGAUUUCGAAGACACCGUCAUAGCCCUGUUUUUGAAACCGGCUGACUUUGAUGCUACAUGUCUACACAAGGCCAUCUCAGGACUUGGCACAAAGGACAAGGUUCUGUGUGAGAUCAUGGCCAGCCGUACCAAUGCGGAGAUCAACGCCAUCAAAGCAUCUUACAAAAAGCUGUUCAAGAAUGAACUGGAGAAGGACAUCAUCGGCGACACCAGUGGUGACUACAAGCGAAUCCUGGUUUCACUCUGUCAGGCUGCUCGUGAAGACAAGCCAGCGGAUCAAGCAUUGGCAGCAGCGGAGGCGCGGAAACUGCUUGAGGCUGGUGAGAAGCAGUUUGGCACCGACGAAGCAGUAUUCAACACAAUCAUUGCACUACGCAGCUACCCUCAGCUCCAGGCCACCUUCAGAGAAUACAAAAAGAUCUCAGGCAAAGAGUUCCUCAUUGUCAUCCAAAAUGAGUUCUCGGGAAAUGUCCAGGACGGCUUGUCAUCUGUCGUAAUGGUGGCUUCAGAUCCUGUGAUGUACUUCGCUCAUCUGCUCCACAAGUCGAUGGCAGGCGCCGGAACGGACGAGGACCGGCUCAUACGUGUCGUCGUGUCCCGUGCAGAGAUCGACUUAGGAGAUAUCAAGACAGCGUUCCAGCAAACGUACGGCAAGCCGCUAUCCCAGUGGAUCAGAGAUGACUGCGGUGGCGACUUCCGUCGCAUGCUCCUCGCAAUCACCAAGGAAUAGACGAGUGGAAGCCCAGUCCCGGUGACCAUGACAACAUUCAAAUAUAGUAGCUAUAGUGACCAGCGCAGCAAGUCAUUGGCAAACACUCGUAUCUACAAAUUAAUGACGGACAGUGCUUUCAUUUCAAACGCUUCACUAUACAACAGAAUACACGUAUAGUGCAUGCUUGCCUGUGCUGUUAUACAAGAUUUUCUCCAUAUUCAACGCUAGCUCUCAGUGGGAAAAUCAUGGCAGUGUGCACCCCUAAACAUCAUGGUAGGUGAAGCGGCACUGUUUCAAAGAGCAGCACACUCAUCUCACACUGAGUGCAAAGUUCUUUCUAUACACUAGUUGUUUUCUAUUUUUUUUAUAUAUAUGUACUUCAUUUUUGUCUGAACUAAGAUGUUGCGACAUCGGCGGUAAUUGCUGAAGAAAGUGUCCAAGUAACAGAAACAAAAAUAAAAUUAAUGAUGGUGAUCCCCAA